AUGUCUCUGCUAUCACUGUCAAACACUUUUGAUCCAACUUUAUACUCACUAAACUUGGAUAUAGAUCAUCAAAAAUCAAAUUUUAAUGGUCAAUUAACUAUAUCAUUACAAAGAAAUAAGAAUAAUGGUGAUGGUGAUGUAUCAAGUUUUAAAUUUAGUUUAAAUUCAUCUGAAUUGGUUGUUCUAAGUGCUAUUUUCAUUGAUGAUUCACAAAUUGAACAUAAGGCUAAAAUCUCAUAUGAUAGAUCAAAUGAAUUAGUUAAUUUAUCAACUGAACAAGAUUUAAAUUCAAAUGCAGCAUUAUCAUUAAAUUUAAAAUUCCUAGGUAAAAUUAAUACAAUUAAAACUUAUAGAGAUUUCACAAAAGGUAUUUUCAAAACAAAUUAUUUAGAUGAUAGAAAUAAUAAUUCAACAAAUUAUAUAAUUGCAACUCAUUCUCAAGCUUCAUUUGCAAGAUUUAUUUAUCCAUGUAUUGAUGAACCAAAUUCAAAAGCUCAAUUUCAAUUAACAAUUAAAACUUCAGAAACUUUUACAGUAUUAUCAAAUUCUUUACCAACAUCAAGAGAAAUCAAGGAUCAAAAACAAAUUGUGGAAUUUUCUAAAACUCCAUUGAUGAAUUCUUCAAUUUUUGGGUUUAUCAUUGGUGAUUUAGAAUUAAUUGAAUCUCAAGUUCAAUUAUCACAAGGUUCAAAAUCAAUCCCACUUAGAUUUUUCACUCCAAUUGGUGAAAUUUCAAAAGCUGUUUAUCCUCAUGAUAUUGCAUCUAAAAUCUUACCAUUCAUUUCUAAACUUUUCCCAAAAACAUCAUACCCUUUAGAAAAAUUAGAUUUUAUUUCAUUACCAUUCUUAAGUGAUGGUGCAAUGGAAAAUUUUGGUUUAAUUACAAUUCAAUCAUCUCAUAUCCUAGUGGAUUCCCUUAAAGAUAAAGAACAAUUAAAAAAUAUAAGACAAUUAAUUGCUCAUGAAAUUAUUCAUCAUUGGGUUGGAAAUAAUGUUUCAUUUGAUGAAUGGUCUCAUCUUUGGUUAAAUGAAUCAUUUGCUACUUGGUUUGCUUAUUAUGUUUUAGCUCAAUUAAAAAUAGAUGAUGAUGAUCAAAGAAUUUGGGAACAAUUAACAAAUAUAGAUUUAGAAUCCAUUUUUGAAUCAGAUUCUCAUAUUGGUUCCAAAAGUAUUGUUACAAAUUUAGAUAAUCCAAAUGUUAAAUCUACUCAAGAUGCUUUCCAAGUUCAUUCUUAUAAUAAAGGUAUUCAAUUCCUAAGAAUGUUUGCUAAUGUUGUGGAGAAUAAAGAGUUCAAUGAUAAUUUGCCAAGAUUUGUUGAAUCUUUGGAUAAAUUUAUUCAUGAAUGGGAAUUUAAAACUAUAAAACCAAUGAAUAUUUGGAAAUGGUUUCAUGAUGAUUCAAAUUUAGAUUUAUUAGGUUUUACACAUUCUUGGUUAAGAACUCCUGGAUUCCCAAUUGUUUCAGUUUCAAUUAAUGAAGAAGGUUUAAUUCAAUUAGAACAACAUAGAUUCUUAGAAACUCCAAUUGAUAAUGAAGAUGUACCAUAUCAUAUUCCAUUAGCUAUUAAAUUAAAAGAUGGUUCUAUAAUUAAUAAAAUUAUGAAUGAUAGAUCAAUGAUUUUAAAAGAAAUUAAUAUUGAUGAAUUUGUUAAAUUAAAUACAAAUAGAAUUGGGAUUUAUAGAGCUCAUUAUAAAUCUCAGAAAUUCAUUGAUAAUUUAAUUAAAAAUUAUGAAUUACUAUCUUUACAAGAUUUAUUUGGUAUUUUCCAUGAUUUUAAUAUCAUUAUUGGUAAUGAACAUCAUCAAACUGAUGAUGAUAUUAUUGGGUUUUUAAAAAUAAGUGAAAAAGUUAUAAAUAAUGAUGUGUUACAAUUCCCAAUUUUACAACAUGUUUUGAAUAAUUUAGAAGUUUUAGAAAAUUCUUACAAGAUUCAUUCAUCAAUUGAUCAAUAUAAAUCAUUUUCAAAUUGGUUACAAGAAUUAAAUUUAAAACUUUUUGGAAAAUUAGAAUGGAAAGAAGUUAAUUAUUCAAAAUUAUCAAAACCUGAAUUAGAAACAAGAAAACAUAUAUUAUCAAUAGGUCUUUCAAUUCCAAAAAUUAACAAGAUUCAUGAAUUUUUCUUUAAAAAAAUUCAACAUGGACCUCGUCAAUCAGUUCCUGAAGAAUUUUUAGUUCCAAUUUUCCAAUCAAUUUCAUUAACUGCAAAUCAAACAACAUGGAAAAAAAUUCUCUCAUUAGUUAAAUCUCCAGGUGCAACUACAAAUCAUGUUAUUCAAGGAUCAGAUAUUGAUAUUCAAAAUGCAGCAAUUAGAUCAUUAGGUUUCACCAAAGAUGUAUCCUUAGUUAAAAGAGUUUUGAAUUUUGUUCAAACAAAUAUUGAUUCAAAUAUGGUUGAAUUAGCACUUGUUGGAUUACUUUAUAAUCGUGAAUCAAAUAAAACAUCACUUUGGGAUUGGUUUAAAUUAAAUUAUGAACAUUGGGUUAUGAGAUCUUUAAGACCUGGUUCUAAAUAUUCUGCAGAAUUAGGUAAAACUACUAAAAAUAUUACAAUUAUUGUUCUAAGUGUUUUUAUCAGUGAUAAUGAUAAAGAGAAAAGAGAUGAAUGGGUUAAAGAACAAAUUAAAAAAUUACCUGAACAUGGAUUAAAAGAAAAUGUUUCAAUUGUGGAAGAUUCUCAAAAGGAGAAAUUGAUAAUUUCUAAAUCCAUUGGUGCUGUUGUGUCAUAUUUGAAAUAG